AUCACGUCAUUAUUUUGAACACUGACAGUGCAAGACAGAGAGUAAACAACUGCGUGUAAGAACAUCCUUGGCGGCCACCGUCACCGAUUUUUAUGAGCGAGGGGUACAACAAGCUGGGCAAUAGUUGAAAAUAUUUUUGAGCAUGGCGUGGGUUUUAAAAGGUGCAGAAACCUUCCUCAACAACUUGGAUCAGUCCGCAUCCCAAGCAAUAGGAAGUAAAGAUGAGGAAAAAGGCUCCAGACAGGGACAACUAAUGCAUCAGAGUCUUCCAGCAGAUUCCAGACACUUCUCAUCUGCUUCUUCGGCAUCAGUUUCACAAAGUCCCAUCACACCUAUGAACCUUUCUGCUACAGACCUAGCUGGCAGUGCUAACAUAAAAAGAACUUCAAGCGAGAGUGCAAUAUCAUCAUCCCCUCUAGCUGGGCAGCAGGCACAAAGAGCAAGGACUCCAACCUCUGCAACCAGUAAAUCAAGGAAGGAAGACGAUGAUGAAAAACUUUUUGAAUUCUUAAAUAGCCCUUCCACGUCUUCUCAAGAGAAGAGGAAGAAAUCUAAUGGGAAUACGAGCGGCCGGCAUUCAAGACAAUCCAGCACCUCUUCAAAUAUUUCUAUUAAAAGUGCUAGAACUGAGAGUAGCAUUGCUACCAACGCUGGCUUUGUUGUCAUUCCACAUCACCAGCAAGAAGAGCACCAAGAAUCCAGUGAGCCGAACAGCAAUGAUACCUCGCCUGGUGAAGUACCAGCAGAGACCAUACCAGGGCCACUCCAUGAAAAUCCUCAGUCACAGCAGCUCUCAUCGUUGGAGCUUGAGAAUAAGCUUCUUCGUCAAGAAGUCUCUUCUCUCAAUCAUGAGAUGACAUCAGCCCUAGAGCGCACCAAGAAAGCCAACAGUGAAUUGAACCAACUUAAGGAUGAGUUGAAACGUCGUCAGACCCAAAUAGCCAACUCUGAUGCUGUAGUGCGUCAGUUACGUCUUCAUGAGGAUGAUUUGAAUGAAGAAAUUAGUGCCAAGAACUCCCAAUUAGCUGUUCUUCGAGUGAGAUUACAGGAAGCUGAUCAAACUAUCAAGACGAAGCAACAACUUGUAGAUACUUUACAAGAGGAGAAGCAGAGAAUACUACGAGAUCACAGCGAUUCCAGUGGGAUGCAGAGUCAUGCCUUAGAUUCAAUCAAUGAUAAGCUCUUAGAAUCUGAGCAGGCAUUGAAAAGAGAACAGGAAUCAUACAGGUUGGCUCAAACGGAAUUCAUGGAAAGGCAAGGAAAGAUUGAAAUGGAGCAGCGUACAUUAGCAGAUUCCCUUUCCUCAACUCAGAAGAAACUUGCUGAUGAAAAAGCACAUUCCAAAGAGCUGACAGAACAGCUAAGAACGAUAAAGAACAGUGCAGAAGAAGCAAAACGAGAGCUAACAGACUACAAACAAAAGGCCACAAGAAUUCUUCAGUCCAAGGACAAGCUUAUCUCUAGUCUGAAAGAAGGGGCAGUCGGGAUUGAAGGAUCAGCAGCUGUCUCUUAUGAACUGGAGGAAAUUAAGAAUGAGAGAGACAUGUUGAGGGAAGAAUUACAACAGGUUAAUAUCAAGAUGGAACAACUGAAAAUGGAUUUGCAGGAGGUGGAGUCCCUGCAGCAGAUGGAAUCUGAAAGCAUGCAGGAGCAGCUGAGAGAUCUUGAAGAUCAAGCAAGCCAAGGUCGUCAGACUCUGAGAGAGAUGGAAGCUGACCUUGCCAGGAAAUCUGAGGAGUUAAGGUACUCAGAGGAAGAGAUGCACAGACAAAGGCUGGAUCUUCAGGCUAAGAUCAAGGACAGGGAGGAUGAUAUUCAACGUUUACGAAACCAGUUAAAAACCAAGAGUUUGAGUAGUUCCUCCGAGAGUGAACUUGAAGGUCGUCUUCAUUCUUUAACCGAAAGCCUUAUUCAGAAGCAGACCAUGCUGGAAACCCUAAGUAGUGAGAAGAAUUCCCUUGGAUUACAACUUGAAAGGCUACAGAGGCAGUAUAAGGAGGUUCAAGCCACAGCCCGAGUAACACCAACACACACCGUCAACAUAGGAUCAUAUGAGGAUGAAGAAGGCACCAGACAGAGAUUACCACUCUUCAUGCAGGAGACCCCUGAUGAUGGGGGUAUGACGAGGAAAGUAAAGCGAGCAGCUAGCACUAUUGAUAAGUUCAGCAUCAGACUAGGUGUCUUCCUCAGAAGAUAUCCCAUUGCGAGGCUUUUUGUAAUAUGUUACAUGUUUCUGCUUCAUCUGUGGGUGAUGAUUGUUUUGUUGACAUACUCACCAGAGAUUCACGGGAAGGACUACCAUGAUGUUCAUCCUAAAGCUCCUUGACCAGACUAAUGAUCUUGACCACUUCAAAUGGUCAAUUACCACUUGGUCUUAUACAACUUUGUCUGGCGGCUAUUUUUUAGUCUCACCUCACUCUGUCCUGUCCCAUCUUGUCUGCAAUUAGGUAGUACAAGAACCAUUUGAUCUAGUUCGUACUUCCUCGUAGCACUUUGUUUAUAGUGCAAGUUAUGCUAUGGUCAUCUUGAUCUAACACCAAUUGAUGAGAUGUUCUAGUAAUGGACUGUGAAAUUUUUGAUAUUACAGAAAUUGAGGUAGAGGUAGUGCCAAUUAUAUUGUUUGAUUACUACAGAACAUGAUAAUCAGCCCAAAUGGAUGGUGGACC